AUGGAGACGACAGUGCGACCAAUUUCGAACAAACUGAACUCAGGGGGCUGCAAUCAGUUCAAUCACAACAAUAUCGCUCCCACUGGGUACCAUUGCGAAGUCGGCGCGUCACCGCAGACACCUAAAGAGCUUCGGCUUAAGAAUCAAUCGCUGGUCAAGUUCUGGCUGUACUUGCAAGAACACAUCGACCAUAUUCAAUCAUGGCUGGUUGAGUGUAUUGACUAUGAAUGUACAGAACAAGACGCAAGCACAGAACUGUUGCGAUACCAGCUCAGGCACGUCCACUACCUGGCCGAAUUGAUGUUCCAUUCUAGCACCAGGAGACUGGAAAGAAUUAAAGAUAGGAACGGUGGUAAUCUGUCUGUGAGCCUUACCUGCUUCAUAGGUUACAUUACAGCUAUUUUGGCUAUCUAG